AUGGCCGUCCAGCGCUUCCGAUUUGUAGAAGGUAAAUCGGCCAGGGCAUCUUACCGUCGGUUGAAGUUGGGGCGGCCGCAGCUUACCCCCGAGGACUACCACGCGAGGGAUGCCGCGCGAGUGGCUCGGUUCCUGGUCACCGGCAAAAAGUAUGCCGAUGCCACAACCAAGGCUGUCGACCGUGUGCAGAGAUUUUGGGAUCGCUUUUGUGCUUUCAUGGGGGUUGACAGCAACUCCUAUCUCACCGCAUGCGCAGGAGAGAACUUUAGACGCUAUGCCGACUGGAGAUUGAGCCAGUUCAAUGUCACAAAGCAGAGCACCAUCUGGGUGGAGUGGAAAUUCCUCCGACUGCUCUACAAGAGAGUCGCUGGAAAGAAGAUGGAUGAGAUCGUUGGGGAGCAAGUCAGCGAGUUUAUCCUGGGUCCGUUGACGGAUGAAUACAAUCUGGACCUCUCGGUCGAAUGCAAGCCCACCCUCAGUGUUGAGGAUCUGCUGUCCGUCCUCCAUUACCACUGGUGCUUGGACACGGCGGCGGUCCCGCACGAGCGGUAUACAGUGCAGCUGCCGCUGCUGAUGCUGAUGACCGCUUACACAUCCUCUCGUCCAGGUGCGCUCACCGAGAGCGGCUGCGUCCGGGGCUCCAACGACGCUCUGCGAUACCGGGAUGUGGUGCUCCGUGUCAUCCCCAACCCGGAGGAACUGGAGCGUCACGUUCUGGUCAUGGAGGUGACUCUGAUGUUUAUGAAGGGAAAGAGAAACAAAUCCCAGCCGUACAUCCCCUCCCCGUACUGCCGGCGUCACGCCUGGCUUGGCCGUAUGGCUGUAUUGACCUCUCCGCUUAGGACAACCUACAUAUUCCACGAGCGGGACGACAACCCGGCUCUGUGUCCGAUCUCGCAUUUUCUUUCGCUGGCGCUCGCGGAUCGAGCCUUUGAGGCACAGGGUAUCAACACUCCGGAGGAUAUCUUUCGUAUCGAGGUUCCCCCUUACCGGAACAGCUUACAGCUGAGGUGGAGACCCGAGAUGCUUGAUAUACCUAUCUUUCGCCGCACCUACCACACCGCACACGGAGUGCGCAUCUCGCCCGAUCGUGCAUUACCGUACGAUGCGUUCAAUCAGUACCUUCAGCGGCUGGGUCGCAACUCGGGACUCGAAGAGCCACUGACUCCUUACUGCAUCAGGAGGGCCACGGCAAAUGCGGUGGACGAUGUCGCAACGGCAGCAGAGCGGAACCAGGUGCUGGGCCAUUCCCGGGCUGACAUCUUUGAACGCUAUUACCUCUCACAGAAGGUGAAACGCGAUGUGCAGUCCGCGUAUCUUGGAUGUCCGGCGCGCGAGUCGGUCAUCCGCGCUGUCGGAAUGAUGAGCUUGACGCGGGACCCGAGGGUCCCCAAGGAGCUGACUGACGAGCAGAAGGCCGCAAUCGAACAUGAUCCCCAUCUUGCUGAACUCAACCGCCAGAAGCAGGACCUGGUAAGUGAUAUAAGAUACCAAUACGGAUCGGUCCCCAAGGCCCAGGGUACAGAACUCCACGCCCAGCAUAGCAAGCUUGAAAAAACUAUUCAGAGUGAGAGGCGAUUCUUGAGGAAACUUGCGCGUGACAACAUCCGGGAGGACUUUUUUGCCAAGAUCGACACCAUCGAGAUCGAACGUCAGCUUCUUGGACUGUCGCUCACCGACGAUCUCAAGGUGGAAGAUUCCGUCGCUCAGUUUACCUGUGUCGAACGAGCCCGACUUGCACGCAGUCUCUUUCGAUCUCUCGGUAGCUCCGCUGCGGAGGAGGAUAAACCCCACCGUCAUCGGAUGCAGGUAAUCCAUGACUGGACCGCGCUCUGUGGCCUGCAAGGGAUCCCUUACAAGCAGGGGGAUCCACCUCGCGAACUCGUAGGGUUGAAAGAGGAGGCCAGCCCGAUAGACGGUGAUAUGACCCCUAUCGUCUGUCCGGCGACCCAGUGCCUCUUUUGCCUUGGGAACGAACAGCGGGCAACUAAUUCAAGGCCGUAUUCAUUCUCGCGUCCAGAUAAGCUUCGGAGGCAUGUGUAUGAUUGCCAUCUCCGCUUUCUUGCCUCAGAUGCUUGUUUUCCAUGUCCCCAUCCGGCCUGCUCAGAGAAUCUGUGGGGCAUCACACAUUUCAAAGACCAUGCUGCUUUGAUACACAAAAUAUACCUUUGA